CUGCAGGUACCCUUCCUCUCAGUUCGGCAGCCUGACGGGGAUGCAGUCUCUGAUCAGCGCUCUGUUCGCUCUCGUGCAGCAGCCGCUGUUCAUGGCCAUGGUGGGACCGCUGGAGGGAGACCCCCUCUGGGUGAACGUUGGCCUGCUGGUGCUAAGCAUGCUGGGAUUUUGCCUCCCGCUCUACCUGCUGAUCCACAGCCGGACACUGCAGCGCCGCCGCGACGAGCAGCUGGACGACCCCAAGAUCUACCUCAAGGUCAACGAGGACAGCAAGACCGAGGCCUUCGUCUGAGGGCGAGAUACACCCCAAAAUACGAGAGAGAGAGAGAGAGAGAGAGAGAGAGAGAGAGAGA